AGUCGUUAGACAAAUGUCCACCGUCCCUGUCUGGUGAUGCUCGGUGUCAUGGAGUGAAGUCUUAUCCCUCCUCUGUCUUAUCCCAUUCUCUGGCUUGCAGCAGGCAGUGACAGGCACCUCUCAGCUCCAUGGAGGACAGCAGCUCUGUGAUGUGCUUGUGGUUUCAGAUGUGGGUGGCCCAUGUCCGCCUGCUGAGACUUAUCUCCUGGAUCAGGUAAGGGGCUUUGCAGUUCACGCGAGGACAGUUGGCAGGAAAGUCGCCUCCUGGCUGGGGUUGCCUGCGACUCUCUAUGGCCCUGAGAAGAUGCACCUCAGAAGGUUGGCCCUCGGAGAGGAUGGCAGGGAAACAGGUCCUGGGCUCCUGGUUCCUGGUCUACACCUGCGUCAACUCUUGUGUCUGCUGGGGAGCCUCCAUCCCAGAGCCCGGAGCAGGGCCGCAGGCUGGGACAUUCACCUGCCUCAGCAACAGUAUUUUCAGGAUUGACUGCUCCUGGUCGACUCCAGAGCUGGGCCUGGAACCCAGGGCCUGGCUCCUCUUUACCAGUAACCAGAUGACGGACAUCAGGCACAGGUGCACCUUCUGGGACAGCGUGUGUACCCUCGUGCUGCCUCCGGAGGAGGUGUUGGUGCCGACCGAUAACUUCACCAUCACUCUACACCGGUGUGUCCUGGGGCAGGAGCAGGUCAGCCUGGUGGACUCACAGUUCCUGCCGCAGAGACAUGUUAAACUGGACCCUCCCUCGGAUCUGCAGAGCAAUGUCAGCUCCGAGCGCUGUGUCCUGACCUGGAGCAUAGAUUUUGCUCUGGAGCCCUGGAGCACACUCCUCAGCUAUGAGCUGGCCUUCAAGAAGCAGGAAGAGGCCUGGGAGGAGGCCCGGCACAAGGACCGUAUUGUUGGAGUGACCUGGCUCAGCCUUGAAGCCGUCGAACUGAAUCCUGGUUCCAUCUACGAGGCCAGACUGCGUGUCCAGAUGACUUUGUUGGAGAAUGGGAACACGGUAGAAGGGGAGUAUCAUAAGAGCCACUGGAGUGAGUGGAGCCAGCCAGUGUCCUUCCCUUCUCCCCGGAGAUGGAGACAGGGUCUCCUGCUCCCGUCCUGGCCGUGGUCGAAUAGCAUCCUGGUUACUGUGUCCAUCUUUCUUCUGCUGACCGGCCUUAUCCACCUUCUGUUCAAGCUGUCACCCAGGGUGAAGAGGAUCAUCUACCAGAAUGUCCCCUCCCCGGCAGCCUUCUUCCAUCCUCUCUACAGUGUGUACAACGGGGACUUCCAGACCUGGACCCAUAGAGCCGGACCACAACCAAGACAGAGUGGUGUCAGCACUCCAUCAGGAGGCUCAGAGUCCAGCAUCUGGGAGGCCAUCACAACGCUCACCUACAGUCCAGCAUGCCCUGCGCCAUUUUCCAGCCUGGAGUGGGAAGGCACAGGCCCUGGCUUCCCAGGGCCCCCAAGCUUAGAGCAUGUGCUGCCAUCAGGGUGUCUGGAGUUGGAAGGACAGCCAUCUGCCUACCUGCCCCAGGAGGUCUGGGCCCCUGUGGGCUCUGUCAGGCCCCCUCGUCUAGACUCAGACGGAGGAGGCAGCAACUAUUGCAUCUUGGACUGUUGUGAGGAGGGCCACCCCUCAGCAUUGCCAGAACACACCCAGAGCCCUGGGCUCACACAGGCCCAGCCUGUGGCCUUUCCUGUGUCCAGCAGGGCCUGACACCUACCGAGGAAUGUGAGCAUUUUCCUCUCUUUCCCCUCGGACGGCACCAGACUCAGCCUCAGCUGGAUGCACCAUUUCUGUUUUGGGAGGUGAACUAAAGAUUCUGGGACUGACCCUCAGGUGGGUGUGGGACUCCAGAGAGGAGGCAGCCAGCCGUGCAUUGGUCAGAGGCUGUGUGACAGAUGGAAGCAGCAGCAGGGCUGUACCUCACCGCUCUGCUCGGCCCUGUGGCGGGGAGGCCUCCACACUCAGUACCUCAGCAUCAGGCUUCCCUCUCCCUCUUUCUGGCUUUGUCCCGGUCCUGAAAACAGGGCGUGACAGGGUUAGCCUGGGCCAAGGGGACGCCGCUGAGACAACGUGAACAGGUGAAGUGUGUCCUUUUUCUGUCCCUUCCUGAAGUGCCUUCCCCACUAAGACUGAAAGUGAUGUUUUUGACUGUUCCAGACUGUGGGUGGCUGCUGGGGUUGGGGAGAAUGGCGGAGCUUUGAGGAAGUGGGGUUGUCCAUCUCUGAGGUCAGCAGGAUGGAGCCCCACUGAAUGGUUCAAAGAAGUCUCACCCAUCUGUAUGAAUUACUUUUCUGUUGCUGUGGUAAGCCACCACGGCCAAAAGUGACUUACAGAAGAAAGAAUUUAUUUUGAGGUUCCAGAGGGAUGGGAAUACAUCGCGGUGCAGAGGCGUGGCGGUGAGUGGCGGUUAGUGGCUGGCACAGCGGCAGGAGCAGGGAGCCGAGAGCUCACAUCUUAACCAAAAGCAUGAAGCAGAGCGGAAGCGACCUUUUAUUCGCCAAGCAAGGCUCCACCUCCUGAAGGUUCCACAACCUCUCCAAACCAUGCCACCAAAUGAGGACCAAGUGUUCAAAUGUCUGAGCCUAUGGGGACGUUCUCAUUCAAACCGCCACACGCCCUCCUGCCCCCAGCCUUCUGCUGUUCCUAGGAGGAAAACUGAAGCCAGGGCCACUCGAUGGAGACUGUUCCUCAGCAGCUGUGGCCUGUGAGGGGCACCGAUACCCCGCUGCCUUGUGGGGCGGUCCAGAGGGAAGGAUGGGUAGACAGAAUCUGACUGCUACUUUCCUAGGCCUGCCCUAACAGAGUGCCAGGGACCGGGUGGCUACUACUAUAGAUUCAUUUUCUCUGAAGUUCAGGGGCCUGGAAUGGAGAUGCCAAGAAGGCCAUGCUUCUCUUGGGGGGAAGGUUGGUUUCAAGUCUUGCUUCACAUUCUUCCUUCUGAACAACCUCUUCCAUACUGAGACUAGAUGCUGCCUACCCCAGUGGCUGGCAGAGUCUGCCUCAGACCCUUGCGUGCAAGCAGAGAUUGUGAUCCAGUGGGCAGAAACUUAGGCUGAGCGGGUGGAUAAGUUUGUACAGAUUUGGGGCCUGAAGGCACUGACCCUUCAGGAGUCCUCCUGAUACUUGGAGGUUUUUUAAAGGGUAAGCAUGGAAACAAUGGUGUGAACUGUGAAGAUGAUGUCUGAGGCCAGAACAGUGUGCAAGGGAUAGCCAAACUCCUGCACG